AUGAAGGAUAAAUGUAAAAAUGGUACUUUUAAACCGACGAAUGAGCAAUGCAGAAUUCAAAAUGCAGGUGAAAGUGGUGCAGUUACCGUUGAGCCCAUUCAUCGUCCUCAGCGAUAUCGUUUACCCAGUCGCCGAGUCGGUUCUCCUAUUGCUGAAUCAGUGGCAAUGAAGGAGAACCCACUGUCAAAGUUUCGAUUCGAUAUGGAUGAAGCGAACACAGAAAGAAAAGGCAGCGAUAAAGAAGAGAAAGACAAUCAUUCAAGGCAAUUGUUUCAAGCAGUUGAGAAGAUAGAACAAAAGAACAUUAGCUUUCGACGACCGAUUUCUACUCGUCUUCGUUUCCCUGAUAAACGGUUGGAUUCAUCUGGUAUUAUAUCUCAACAUGCAACAUUCGAAACUACUUCAAAAGAAUCAUUGUUUACCACUUCUCGUUUAAGAAAAAAGCAUGCAACUUGCGCGAUUUUUUCUUGUUGCGGUGAUUCUACGACUUUUAAUAUUGCCAGAGACUGUGAUGCAUCAGUUAAAGAAGGCACUGAUAUAAUUGCUUCGAACUCAGCAUCGAAAAAAGAAGGAACAAAUUUUGAAAGAGAUUCGUUGCAAACUUCAAAAAACGAUACAAAAAAGAAGAAAUUCGAGAAAAGUAUCACAAAAAAGAUCCUACAUGAAAACAUUAAUUUGAAAAAGACCAUAAAAGAGUUAAAAAACAAAAUAAAAGAAAUUCAAAAAUAUCAAAAUAACGUUAAUCAGUUGAUAUGUGAGCGUGAUAAAUUGCUUAAUGAAAAAGUACAUAAUGAUAUCCUUUACGAAAUGCAAUCUGAACUUAUUCACAAGCAAACAAUUACGAUAGAAAAUCUUCGGUUGGAAAAUCGUAAAUUAAAUGAGAAGCAACAAAGAUUAUUGCAAAGAAAUUUCGAUCAGUGGGCUAUGCAUUUAGAUUUCGGUAGCAGUAAUGGUAAGCAGUUGGAAAUAAUGGAGUCAAUUAUUGUUGAAGAUGAUGCAAAUAUUUCUAGCGCUUUACAUGACCAAAAUCAAGAGAAAGCUUGUGAUGAAACGAAAAUUAAGUGGUCUAACGAUUCGUGGAUGUUAAACUGUUAG